CUUCAAGGGGGCGGAAGCGGAAGCGGCGGAUCAGUCAGGCUCGCGGCCUUCGCAGGGAAAGGAGGGUGCAGCAGACGCAGUCCCGGCCGUUAGCGAGUCCGCCCGCCCGCCCGUAGCCGCCAGCAUGCCGAGGGGUAGCAGGAGCCGCACGUCCCGCAUGGCGCCCCCGGCCAGUCGUGCACCGCAAAUGAGAGCUGCACCCCCGCCCCCUGCAGCUCGUGCUGCAGUACCAGCACCUGCCCCUGCAUCUGCAGUGGCGUCUCCUGCUGCUGCACCAAGGCAGCCUGGUCUGAUGGCACAGAUGGCUACAACAGCUGCAGGAGUAGCAGUAGGCUCAGCUGUAGGACACACACUGGGUCAUGCCAUGACAGGAGGAUUUGGUGGAGGAAGCAGCUCUGAAGCUGCAAGGCCUGACAUUACUUACCAGGAGCCUCAAGCAGCCCAGCCUGCAUACCAGCAGCAGUCCCAGUACCCCCCCUGCCAGUAUGAAAUGAAGCAGUUUUUGGAGUGUGCACAGAACCAGAGUGACCUCAAACUGUGUGAGGGCUUCAGCGAGGUGUUGAAGCAAUGCAGGUUUGCUAAUGGUUUAUCCUAAUCAAAUUCUACAGAAUGAAGAAGCUGAAAAUGAGCAUUCAAAGAUCUGAAAUUGAAAGAUGCUUCAGUAGUAAACUUCUAAAGCUAUCUGUGACAUCUUGUUAGUUCAUAUAUUCACAACUGAAUGCCCAAACCUUGACAAAACGUAAAGGGUCCAUUAGAUUUUUCUGCCACAUUGAUAAACAUGCUGGAUUGUAACAGGAUAGUUCUAAAUGAGAGAGCAGGGGAGGGAGAUGUAGAAGAUUCUGAAGAUGGGCAAAAUAUUUCAAGGGGCCUAAUCAAACUAGUUGUUCUGCUGAUUACAUUGCUGUUGAUGUGCAAAUGUGAGACUAAGACUAAAUAAAAUUCUCAAUGUUUGAA